AUGGAGACGGGUCUGCGAUUGGUUUGGGGCAGAGGGUGGGAUUUGGUGCUUCUGUGCCCUGGGUUGCAACAUCUGGAGAGGAUCUUCCUGCUAGGAAGCUGCAUAGCACCCGGGGAGAGGGGGCUCUUGUCCGUAAGCGGGGACUGCGUGGUGUUCAACAUGUCUUUCAUCCAGGUAGACAAGGACUCGGAUUUUCCUCUCCAAAAUCUCCCCUAUGGGGUUUUCUCCACUAAGGAGGAGCCUAGGCACAGGCUCGGGGUAGCGAUUGGAGACCAGAUUUUGGAUCUCAGCGUCAUUAAGCAUCUGUUCAAUGGACCAGCUCUUGCCAAACAUCAGCAUGUCUUUGACCAGCCUACCCUGAAUGCCUUCAUGGGGCUGGGCCGGGCGGCGUGGACGGAGGCGAGGGCUUUUCUCCAGAAGCUGCUGUCAGCCGGCGAGCCGGCCCUGAGGGACAACACGGAGCUGCGGAGAAGAGCGUUUGUACCUCAGGCUUCCGCGACGAUGCACCUGCCAGCCCACAUCGGUGAGUCUCCGCAGCCGAGGCUGCUCAGCGCUGCCCUUUGCUCUCGCCCGGAGAAGCUGCUUUAUUUCCAGCUUGCUCAGACAGACCGAUCACAGCUGUGA